AUGUAUGGCUUUUCAAGACGCGCAAAGUACGGUGGCCUUCCAUUGAACUUUCGAAUGACAACCAGUUCAGACGAGGAGGACUUUGAUCGCUGUGACUUUUACGACUAUGAAAUCCCUCCGGAGGACACUAUCCUAGGGACGAAAGAAAUUAUAGAAGAGCGGCUGCGUUCACGAACAGGAGAAAGUGCCGAUGCGCUGGGACUGCAAACAGCUAAUCUGAAUGGAAAAAGCUCGGAUGAGUUGUUCGUCACCAAAGAGGUGGAGCCUGUUAGGAAACACAUGAAAAAACGAUCAGCGGUCUCCAGGUAUGUGUAG